AUGGUUGGCUACUUUCGCAAUUUUAUCAAGGAUUUUGCCAAGAUAGCUGGACCUUUAUACGAGCUGUUACAGAAGGAUGUUCCAUUCAAGAUGACCGAUGAAAGAAUAGCAUCAUUUCAAGAAUUACAGAAGGCGUUAACUGAAUGUCCUGGCCUGGCGAAUCCUCACCAUUCGUGGCCAUAUGUCCUGGACACUGAUGCCUCUACUACUGCAAUUGGUGCCUGCCUAAUGCAACUUGACGUAGGAAAUGCACUUUAUACUUGCCUUCAGACCUUACUUAAUUGGAAGAACUUUUACCGUGAGAUCAGACCACAAGCCACUUCAAUGGUUAUGGAAGAUCGAUAA